CGUUUUUGUUAUUCCUCAAAUGUCCCUCGCGCGGUUAAUAUUUCUUCGGUAUUCGGCAAGUGCAUAUCCGAGAAAUUCAAGUCGUCGAAGGUGGUGGACAAAAGUGAGGAAGAAAAGUCUCGGGUGAAUUUGUUUUUGGGGGGAUUUAAAUAAGUGGGCUUUUCAUUCGAGUGGAUCGUGGUCGGCGACGGCAAGUCGUUUGAGCAGCAUAAAAACUUACUACGGAAUUGAGGACAAGUCUUGGCCGUUAUUUUGACACCGGGAAUGUUGCAAAUUAUAUCAAUCAAUAUUACCGUGACGUAAUGCCGACGAGCAGUGAAAUAAAAUUCAUCGGAUUCAUGAAAAUAAUGCAAAGUUAUGGUGAUGAGUAUUCCUGGAGAUAAUAAAUCCUCGAUAAGCCAAAAUCACACGCCGAAAAAAGUGAUAAGUGCACAACUGCACGAUAAUCCGUUUCGAUCUCAGAGGAAAUCGAAGCAUCGCAGGAUCGACGAUGACCCGGAAACCGCGAGAUAUUUACACAAGAAAAUUCACGAUUGGAACAAAUACGAAUUCGCAAAUGUCAAUUUUCACGAAUUCGAGAAAAAGGAGGAAAAUUCUAUUUCCAUAAUCAAAUUACCGCAGGAUAACGAGAUUAAACCGCUUCCGCGAAAAAAGAAGAAACGAAGGUUUUUGUCGAUAUGCACGAGCAAUUGUAAAUACGAAGUGGUCCGUCGCGUCGCCGCUCGUUACGGAAUGCGCGAAGUAGCGGAGGACAGUAACUGGAACCUUUAUUGGACGGAUUUGAGCAUAAGCAUCGAGCGAGCAAAGGACAUGAAGCGAUAUCAAAAAGUCAAUCAUUUCCCGGGGAUGACGGAGAUCUGCAGGAAGGAUUUAUUGGCCCGAAACCUCAACCGGAUGCUGCGAAUAUUCCCGAAGGAGUAUAAUUUCUUUCCGAAAACUUGGUGCUUUCCAGCAGACCACGGGGAUGCUGUGGCUUAUUCGAAAGUGAGACGAUCCAAGACUUUCAUCAUCAAACCGGAAACCGGAUGCCAGGGAAAGGGAAUUUACAUAACGAAAAAUUUGAAGGAUGUCAGGCCCUACGAUCGCAUGAUUUGCCAGGUUUAUCUGUCCAAGCCAUUUUUGUUGGACGGUUUGAAAUUCGAUCUCCGCGUCUACGCGCUCAUAACGUCCUGCGAUCCACUGAGAAUUUACGUCUACAACGAUGGUCUGGCAAGAUUCGCAACGAGCAGGUACAAAGAGCCAACGGGUCACAAUAUUUCCAACGUUUUUAUGCACCUGACGAAUUACUCGGUGAAUAAGCACAGCCACAUGUACGUAGUCGACGAGGAAACCGGAAGUAAGAGGAAGAUAUCGACCUUGAACAAGUGCCUGAAAUCGAGGGAUCUCGACGUCGACGAAUUGUGGCGAAAAAUCGAUGAGAUAAUCAUAAAAACCGUGAUCGCUGCUUAUCCUGUAUUGAAGCACAGUUAUCACACGUGCUUUCCCACCCACGAUCUUACUUACGCCUGCUUCGAGAUUCUCGGAUUCGACGUAAUCUUGGAUUGGAAACUCAAGCCUUAUUUACUCGAGGUUAAUCACUCGCCAAGUUUUCACACCGAUGCCCAAAUCGACAAGGACAUCAAGGAAUCGUUGCUGAACGACACAUUCGAAAUGUUGAAUUUCCAUCAAUGUGAUAAACGCAAAAUAAUGGAGGAGGAUAGAAGACGCGUGAGGGAUCGAUUGCUGCACGGAAUAAAUCCGAACACCACUGAAAGCUCGGUCGGUUUGACGAAGAGCGAGAAAAUUGAGGAGGAUCCGAUCCAGGAACAGUACAGAUGGGAGGACGGCCACAUGGGCAAUUUUCGUCGUAUUUAUCCUGGCCCGGACAGCGAAAAAUACGUUGUCUUUUUCAAGCAAAGCGGCACUUCGAUGUUCCAGGAGACCGUUGCGUCGAGGGCGAGACAGGAAGCCGCGACGAUUCAACGCGCCGAAAUAGACCUCAACGCUAAAUUGAAGAUGAAGGAAAACACGGAGACGAAGAGAAUUUUGGGGAAAUGGAGCGAACAAAAACUGGGACUCGAGAGCCCCAGCGGUACGAGCAGUCGACUCAAUCCACCAAUUUCGAACACUGACAGACGCCCUGUCAACGAAAUUCCCACGCCCAACGCCCAAAAAUCUGUGGUUAGUACAUCGAAAAGCACAGUUUCGUCUUUCGAGCCGGAGACGAUAUCGGAAUCGGAGGAACGAGAGCGACUAAAAUUACUAACGCAGAGGGAUUUCCUGAUCAAGAGUUCUGGAAUUCUCGAGCACAUUUACAUGGCGAUGUUGAAAAACGGAAGUUUGAGGCCGGCGGACAUAAAGCGUUAUGGAAUGUACGAUAAGCUCGUAUUAAAUAAAAACGAAUGAAUAAAUGAUCGAAAA